AUUAUUAUGCAUCACACUGAAAGGUGGGAUUAUUUUUGAAAGACUGGGUAAAGUUGGGAUUAUUUUGGAUAAUUUUUCCUUUAUUUUUUCUCAGCUAACUGUCCGACCAGCAUUGAGGAUCCUCAGGAAUGGAGAUUCAAUCAGGUGGUCUGGCGUUUGGUUGUGUAGCUUUUGAUCCUGCUGGAAAGUUUUAUGGUGCCUCUAAUGGGAGUUGCACCGAUGCUGUGCAAUCUCUAAUUUCGCUUGCCGACACCUCCGCCGACGCCUGGUCAAGACUGACUCGGAGCCUCGCUAGCAUGUCCCGGGGACGCAUUAUUUCUCUCAAAGCCAAGUUGGCGAAGAAUCCUCGUGGAAGCCGUACCAUUGCAGCGUUUGUCGCUGAUAUGACGGAGAUUGCUGGGGAAUUAGCCCUUGCUGACAGCCCCGUAUCGGAUGAGGAUCUAGCGGUGCACAUCAUGUCCCAACUUGGCGACGAAUAUUCUACUAUCUAUCAAUCCUUGCGAGGCCGCAAUGAUUGUGUUUCUAUCGAAGAACUCACUACUAUUUUGGAGGAUUGCGAGCGUCAUCUUCAUGAGCGUCACUCUGCUACGGCUGACCUUGUGCCAACCGCAAAUCAUGCGCAACGUGCUCGUAGUGAUCGUGGUGAUCGUGGUGGUGCUCCUCAUCGGGCCGGUGGUUUUGGUCAGACCCGUGGGGGUCAUCAUGGUCGAGGUUCUCCUCCCGGCGGCAAUCGUGGUGGUCGUUACUGUCGGUUUUGUGAUCUUGCCAGUCAUGACACACGGUUUUGUCGCAAACUCCAGCGGUUCCUAAAAGAGAACAAUGUCACCAUUGUCGCUCCCAAUAUCAACAACCCCGCCGCUCAUGUCACACUCAAUGGAUUGUUGACAGUGGUGCGUCUCAUCACGUUGCAAAUGAUCCAAAUUCGCUCAACACUCUCAUGGAAUAUGGCGGACCGGAUGAAAUUCGUUUGGGUAAUGGAUACCCAAAAACCCGCUAAAAUUCUCAACGAGGAAAACCAUAUCAUGUUCGGAGCAGUCCAAAUUGGAAUAAUGGCGGCCUGCGUGGUCCUCUUCGUUCCACUGGGUAUGGCCGGCUGGCAUUUGAGCCGCAACAAGAUGCUCUUCUUCAGCUGCGCCCUCUUCAUCACCCUCUCCGUCGGCGUUCACCUGACCCCUUACUUCCCGUCGAUCCCCUCUUUCCUUCCCUCCCCGGGUUUCCCUCCUCCCCACUCAUCUUCAGAAUCAAUCAAUCCCCGUUCUUGCAUUUCUUCCCUCCAUCAAGUCGCUUUCAGCAACGAAUCUUGGGGUUGGGCAAAGUCCGGGCUUGCGGAUCGGUGCGAAUUCCAGAAAUUGAGAAGACAAGACGUCUCGGAUUUGCUAAACGGGUCGUGGGUCGUUGUCGCCGGAGAUUCACAGGCGAGGUUGCUGGUGGUUUCGCUGUUGGAAUUGUUGCUGGGGUCAAAUGAGACGGAAUUGAUCAGAGGGGAUCUGUUCAAGAGGCACGGCGAUUACACAAUCGGGUUGGAUAAGAUUGGGGUGAAUCUGGAUUACAGAUGGGCACCAUAUGUGAGUAACUUGACCAAUCUGGUGUUUGGUUUGAAGGAUAACAAGAAGUUCCCUGACUUGCUGGUGAUGGGGUCUGGGCUAUGGGAUAUGCUACACGUGAAUGACGCAUCAGAUUACGGCGUCUCCCUCAAGCUUCUGAGGGAUUCACUGGUGAUGUCAUUGCCCGUUUACCCGGGAUCUGUUUCAGGCAAUGGGAGGUCGCCUCGUCUGUUUUGGGUCGGUUUGCCAAAGCUGGUGAAUUCGAAGCUGAACACAGAAGAAAAGAGGGAGAAGAUGGGCGAUGCUCAAUCGCAAGCAUAUUGUGAUGAGGUGUAUAGGAGUAAGCUGCUGUUACAAUACGGCGGGCCAUUUUUCCUGUUGGAUAUUCAUCGUCUGAGUGAUCGCUGUGGGGCCCGGUGCACGGAGGAUGGUAUGCAUUACAAUGGGAUUGUCUAUGACGCGGCCGUUCAGAUCAUGCUAAAUGAAUUGGUUAUAGAAUCUAACCAGAAGCUGAUAUGAUGGUUUGGAUUGGUUGUUGUGUUUUUGAUCCCUUUUAUUCAUUCAUCUCCCGGUGCUCCUCCCGGAUUCGAUUAAUUCAAUAGCAAAGUUUUGGGACGAUAGUUUACACGUUAUAGCGAAUGAGUAAUGUGCUUGGGGAUGGAGAGUGUACAACAACAUUGUUCAAUUGUUGGUGAUGAACUGUAAUGCCAUUUUCUUUCCUUGGUUUUAAGUUGUAUCAUAAAUGUUUUUUCUUCUU